GCAAACUGCGUGGACGAACCAUCCCACGUUUGCAGCACACAAUUUUCUUCCCGACUGUUGAAGAAGUAGCCGUCAUAUUUUUCCCCUGCUUCGAUUCAAACAUGGUAUCAACAGCAGCCUUGCCCAAAUGGGAGAGGACAGUGCGCGUGCUUUUGUGCGUCUUUGGUAUGAUUUUGUCCGUUUACGCUCUUCACGUGGAGUUGUCCCGCGAGCACGACCCCAACUACAGAGCGAUGUGCGAUUUAGGAGAGUCGGUCAGCUGCUCCAAAGUUUUCACAUCCAGAUGGGGUCGUGGCUUUGGCUUGGUCCAGUUCUUUGUUGCCCAAGAUAGCCCUCUGAAUCAACCAAACAGUCUUCUUGGAAUCGUAUUUUACACUUUGCAGUUUGGCUUGGGUCUUACCCUGUCCAAAAAAGCCGCUCUGUUAUUGGUGUUCUCCUCCUGGGUGUCUGUGGCCGGCUCACUCUACCUGGCCUCCAUUCUGGCUUUUGUCCUGGGAGAUUUCUGUAUGGUGUGCGUGUCAACGUACAUCGUAAACUUUGCCUUGCUCUAUACCAACCUCAAGCGAAGGAGCGCCAUUGAAGGGAAGAAGGCGAAGGCGGGAUAAUCUUUUUUUUUUUACAAAUGUUUUUACAUUCAACACAUUCCUCUCUUUUAAAGACCAAAGUCAGAUCUCCAACCUUGCUGAGAGUUUUUACAAAAAA